AUUUGAUGCAGAAAGAUCUGCUGCCCUGAAAUCAUCCGUGUCUCCGUAAAGGAGGAGCCAGCACGAUGGACGACAACACGCUCAACGGGACGGAGCUCAACGCCAGCGACCCGUACGACUACGACUACGACAGCAGAGAGCUCAACGUCAACGAGACCGACUACGGCCUCACAGCGCUGUGUCCCAUGAGCAACAACAGCAGGGUGGAGUCGGCCGUGCGACCGUACCUCCACCCCCUCAUCUGCGCGCUGGGGCUGGCGGGGAACGGCCUGGUCCUCCUCACCUACGCCUUCUCCCGCCGGCCGCGCUCCCCGACCGACGUGUACCUGCUCAACGUGGCCGUGUCCGACCUGCUCUUCGUGGCGGCGCUGCCCCUCAUCACCUACAACGAGCUGUGGGCGUGGCCCAUGGGCACGGCGGCCUGCAAGCUGCUGCGCGGCGCCUACAGCGUCAACCUGUACAGCUGCAUGCUGCUGCUGGCCUGCGUGGCGGCCGACCGCUACCUCGCCAUCGUCCACGCGCCGCGCCGCCUCCGCCUGCGCUCGCUGCUCUACAGCCGCGCCGUCUGCGGCGCCGUCUGGGUCCUGGCCCUCGCCUGCUCCCUCCCCACCCUCCUCUACCACCAGGCCUACCGGCCCUCCCACAUGACGUGGGUGACGGGGGAGGGCGAGGACGGCGGCGGCGAGGACGGCGAGGACGGCGGCGGCGGGGGCGGCGACCCGGUCUGCUCCCUGCGGUUCUCGGACCCCCGGACGGCCCGUCUCAUGAGGGUCCUGGUGCCCGGCGCCCAGAUGGCCGUGGGCUUCCUCCUGCCGCUGGCGGUGAUGGUGUUCUGCUACGCCCAGGUGGUGGCGCGGCUGCUGCGUGCCCACACCUUCCAGCGGCACCGCGCGGUGCGGGUGGUGCUGGCGGUGGUGGCGGCGUUCCUGGCGUGCCACCUGCCCUACAACGCCGCGCUGCUGUGCCAGACGCUGGGCCUGUUCCGGGAGCAGAGUUGCCGGGAGGCGGAGGUGGAGCAGGUGGUGCUGACGGUGACGGAGAGCCUGGCCUUCCUCCACUGCUGCGUCAACCCGCUGCUCUACGCCUUCCUGGGGGUGAAGUUCAGGAGCAACCUGAAGCGGCUGGGGGCGCGGCUCUGGGGUCCGCGCGGCCGGAGGGCCCAACGCGGCCUCGCCUCCAGGGCCACCUCCGACUCCUGCGCCUCCUCCCGCCGCUCCGUCACCAGCACCUCCUUCGACAUCUGA